GCUUGUGAUGACCCCUACUUCAUCUCCUUCUUUCAUUCUUUCUUCCACUCAACCACGAACUCUCCAUGCAUUUAUAUAUAAAUAAUAUUAUAUAAACCCAGAAGACUUGCAUAUAUAUAGUCUGAUCAAUUCAAUUCCUGGCCAAGAAAUUAUCAACUAUGAGGAGUAUACCUGCAGUGGUGGUUGUGGCCGCGGCACUGGCUAUGGCGGCGACGCUGCUUCUGUCGUCGGAGGCGGCGAUUUCGUGCAGCGACGUCGUAAAGGACCUGAGGCCGUGCGUCAACUAUCUCCAGAAUGGGUCAGGGAAGCCGCCGCCCGCGUGCUGCGCGGGCGCCUCCACACUGGCGUCAGCGGCGUCGAGCUCGGAGAACAAGAAGGCAGCGUGCAGCUGCAUCAAAUCCGCAGCGCAACAAAUCAGCAUAAAAACCGACUUGGCGAAGGCCCUGCCUGGAAAUUGCGGAAUCAGCUUGCCUUUCACCGUUUCACCCAACGUGGAUUGCUCCAAGGUUGGUUGAAUGGUUAAAGUUUUGAAGCCGCCUACGGAAUUCUAAUUCUGAAGCAUUCUUAUGGUGAUUGGAUCCGCUCUUGUGAUCAUUUGCUCUGGUUUCCUUUAAUAAAGUGCUUUAUAUAUACAUUCAUAUGUAUAUGUUGGCGUUGUUGACAACAUGUGUUGUUGUAGUAAGACUGUUAGGCCUUUUAUAAUAAAAUAAUAAUUAUUUAAUAAUAUUAAUUGGAAUGACUUUCUUUUUA